GGUAGCACAGUUGUAAAAAUACUUGGGGAAAACAUUAAACAAAAUUUGCAAUAAACGGAGUUGUUUACAUAAAUAACUGUUAAAUUUAGUUGUUUUCCCGAUAAUUGUUCGUUAAGUCGAAUUUUAAGCGUUAACACUAUGCCUGCUAAAAAUGAGGGGGAGGCAACAGAUGUUGAGGAUGUUUCUGGGGCCGAGUCCGAUCAUUCAAACUCCAGCCCGAACCGAGAAUCGACGGACGAGGAAGCAAACGAAAUGGACUCUGACGAUUCAUCUGAUAUGGAUUUUAUCGAAAUGGAUAGAAUCCGAAGCGAAUAUUGUCAGGAUUUAGCUAGCCUCGAACUGCAAUUUGAACAAUUACGAGAGCAAUACUAUCAAGAGCGAUAUAAACAAAAUGAACAACAGAUUGCCGAUGUGCGCGAAGGACGUUCAGAGGAAUACUUAAUUCCCUUGAGAGAAUUAGACAAGGCUUACGAAAAUCGCGUAGAAGUUGCGGAGAAGCUGCGUCAAUUUCGGUUAGAAAACAUUGACCAUAAGUACCAGUCUGAAGUACAAGCCGCACAGCAAAAUUUCGAGAGUGAAAAGCAAUUAGCAAUCGAUCAGAUAGAGGAGCAAUUAAUAGAAAGAAUACGUCGACUGGAGGAAGAUCGUAACAAUGUCGAUAUAUCUUGGUCAGAUUGGGCUGUUGAUAGACGGGCCAGUAAAGUACGUGGUCCUGGGAGAAAAAAAGCUGUUACGGUUACUGGUCCCUACAUUGUUUACAUGUUGCGUGAUGAAGAUAUUAUGGAGGAUUGGACUGCUAUACGAAAAGCACUCAAACGAUCUACGGCGACCUCAGUCUCUUCUGUGGCUGUAUGAUAAAAGCCGAAUUGCAAUUCUAUAGUCCUUAGUUUUUCAUUAGUUAUAAAAUCAUCAAGUGGGAUUUAAAUUUAACAGUAUAUGUUUAUGUAAUGGAGUCAGUUCUGAUUAUUAAAAUUAUCUCAGGGCAUAUAUACAUAAUCCUCACAUAAUGGGUUACAUGUUAAAUUUCUGCCAACUCGUUUUAACAUUUCGCUAAUAAGCUAAACUAACUAUAUCUUAACUAUGUACUAGCGCAAUUCCCAAAAAAUAAGAAACAAAACAAAAAUAAAAAUUGUAUAGUUGUACUUUUAUAGAACAUA